UUGUGGGCGGACCCUUUGCCCGGCGUUCGCCCGCCCACCCUCAACCGCCGCCGUGUCUGUCAGUAGCCGCGGCGGCCGUGGCGGUGAGGAGACGACGAGGCCUGCUGCUCGGGCUCUCGCCACCCGGGCAGUACAAUGUCCACAACAGAGCAACAAUCAACAGAGGCCUCUCCAUCUUCAAAUUCAAAUUCAUCCACUUACUACGAAGCUGUAGAAGCAGAAGCAGCCAAUAAAUAUGAACCUGUUUCUCCUCACUGGUCUUACUGCAGGACAGUAGAUUCCAGAGACAAAUGGAUUCCCUUCAGUGAACAAGAUUCAGAGAAGUUGGAAACAGCUUAUCAGUCUAGCAAGCAUUGCAAGGAGGUGAUUGUGCCUACCGAAGGGGGACGGUAUGACGUCCACUUAAAGAAGAGAGUGCGCUAUGCUGUUUACUGGGAAGAAGAAGAAUCAGAAGUAAGACGCUGUACUUGGUUUUAUAAAGGCGAUAAAGACAACAGAUACAUUCCAUAUCCUGAAAACUUCAGUGAACAGCUAGAGGACACUUAUAUGAUUUGUGUGACCUUAGAUGAAUGGAAGAAGAAAUUGGAAUCUCCAAACAGAGAAGUAAUCAUAUUACAUAAUCCAAAGUUAAUGGUACAUUACCAGCCAGUAGCAAUCACAGACGACUGGGGUGUGAGUCCUGCAGAACAAGGCCGGCCAAGGACUGUGAAGAGAGGAGUGGACAGUAUAUCUGUUGAAAUCCCUCAUGGGGAACCAACGCAAAUUGAUCAUUUAGUUUUUGUUGUUCAUGGAAUUGGACCAGCUUGUGAUAUUCGAUUCCGGAGUAUCGUUCAAUGUGUCAACGACUUCCGCAGUGUUUCCUUGAACAUGCUCUCAGCCCAUUUCAAGAAAGCUCAGGAACAGCAACAGAUUGGUCGAGUUGAAUUUAUUCCAGUGAACUGGCACAGUACUUUACAUACAGGAGUAGAUGUAAAUUUGGAGAGAAUCACCUUGCCAAGUAUCAACCGCUUACGUCACUUCAUCAAUGAUACCAUUCUGGAUGUGUUUUUCUACAACAGCUCUACUUACUGUCAAACCAUUGUGGAUACGGUUGCAUCAGAAAUGAACCGGAUCUACCUGCUCUUUUUGGAGAGAAAUCCUGAUUUCAAAGGAGGCGUCUCCAUAGCUGGCCAUAGCUUAGGGUCUCUGAUAUUAUUCGAUCUUCUCACAAAUCAGAAAUGGACAUCUGAUGAGCAAGAAAAAAAGGAGGGAUUACAAAGACUGGUAAUGCAUCAGGAAGUCAACAAAUCUAUGAAGGACAUCUUAGCAGAACUUGAUCUUUCUGAAUAUUAUGCUGUGUUUGAGAAGGAAAAAAUGGACCAUCAAGCAUUGGCCUUGUGCACAGACAAGGAACUUAAAGAGAUGGGGAUCCCCUUGGGACCCAGAAUCAAGAUCCUGCACUAUUUAAGGAAGAGGAGCAACUCUCAGACUUUGAGGCUAACCUCUGGAGCUGCUGAGGAAGGGGGAGAUGCCAAUCAGGAAACAUCUGCACCGCCCACAUGUGCAGAAGCCAGUUGCAGACAUUCGGGUGUUGUAACAGGGCAGGUCUCUGCAAACUACCCUCAACUUAUCUACAAUCCAGAGAUUUUUUUUGCUUUUGGCUCACCCAUUGGUAUGUUUCUCACUGUUCGAGGUGUGAAUAGGAUUGAUCCAACCUACACUCUGCCUACCUGCAAAGGCUUCUUCAAUAUCUUUCAUCCUUUUGACCCAGUGGCAUACAGGAUUGAGCCCAUGAUUGUUCCUGAUAGGGAAUUCGAACCCAUGCUGCUUCCCCACCAAGGGCGGAAGAGGAUGCACUUAGAAUUGAAGGAAGGCCUCACCUGGAUGAGCAUGGACCAAAAUAACUUGCUGGGUUCCUUGAGGACCGUGCAGUCUUUCACCAGAACAUCAUUGCCAGCUGUGGAGGCAGGAGGCCACCGGAGAUGUGGAACAUGAAUCGAAGCUGAAACGAGCACGGAGAAGAGAAACCAGAGAAAACCAGAGGAACCAACCACAUCAGCAAAAGAGGAUCCGCCUCCAGUUAAUGUGGGCCCUGCUGAAUGGGGCCACCGCAUUGAAUAUGUGCUUCAAGAGAAACCCAUUGAAAGCUUUAACGAAUAUUUAUUUGCACUGCAAGGCCAUUUAUGCUACUGGGAGUCAGAAGACACAGUAUUAUUAUUGUUGAAAGAGAUUUAUCAAACAAAGGGCAUCAGCAUGGAUCAGCCCCCUUUGUAGAGAACAAACUGAUCAGCUGCACAACUCUGGAUACCAAUAUGUAAGUCUAUUUGUUUUUCUGAUUUGGGGCCAGUUGGCUUUGGCUACCAUUUGAGAAAAGACAAAAGCAACUGAAGAUUUAGAAAUGAUCUUGCUGUGUAUAUUGUAUCCCUUCUUAAUAUUUUCCUUGAAUUAGAUCCCCUUCAAGAUCAGCUACCUUCAAUGAAAAGCUAACCUAACACGGCUAAUAUACCAUGUUUUUUCUUUGUUUUACAGAUGUCCCGUGUCACCUUCCUCUUUGGUCUGAUGUGAGCAGCAUGCUUCCUCCUCACAGUCCUGGAACUCUAUUCAGGAAUGUAGUGAGCAUUGAGAUCCUGUCAGAUUCCUGGUAUCUUCAGGCCCUUGUCAAUUAACAUCUACAUUUUCUGUCUACAGCCAGUGUGUCUUUAGAUCCGGUGCAAUACCAGUUGUGUCACCUUCAUUUUAUGCACUAGUCAAGACUUGAAAUUGGUGCUAGAAUUCACAUCUUGUCUCCAUUAGAAAAACCUCAAGAUGAGUGAUGGGCAGUGCAGGAUUUUGACUUUUAGAAGCACUUCUGAGGCCGUUCCGAGUGUUCAGCAUUACAUGUCAGAUUUGUGGGGAGUUCAUUUUUGUUUUGUGUUAUCUUAUUGCUGAUUUACUCAGUACAGGGCUCAAGGUCAAAGUGGAAAAGCUGGCAAGCCAAGUCCCAUUCUUCUCUGAAAUAAGUAUAAUGGUGACGACGACGAUGCCAGCAAUAGCAAUCCUAUCAGUCUACUUUUCUAAAGCAGAGAAAGUGUAUACCUACUUACCUUGGAAGGAACUGGCAAAGCUUGUAGAUUUGAUCUUGUUUACAGCGAUCAGGAUAUGGAUGAAUGACUCCUCUCCCUGUGUUUUGCAAACAUUUGUAGAAGCUGUGUGUUUAUGUUCUGAUGUGAGAGGUGCCAAACUUCAUAUAAGCAGCAGUUUGAUACACCCUUUUCAGUGCAUGCAAUUGGGUUCUUGAAAGCAUCUGAAGAACGAGGUCACAUCCUAGAAACCUCGACCCACGUAGUCAUUGGACAGAUGAUUGUUUUCUUCAAGCACCAGAUGAGGGCAGCUCUAUACCAGCAGUUUUACUUGGGAGCUCUCGGGGUGAUUGGCUUGACCAUUUGGACAGACAAUUCACAUUGUUGGUUUCGUCUGCCAGAGUGUAAAUUCAAUGCAUGGCUCAACAUCUUGACUGGCUAGUUAUGGAACCCAUCUGUGAUUCAUGGUGUAUGUAUGUUGGAUGACUUUUUCUUUUGUCACAAAGUGGUCAAUUGCUUUUCACUUACCUGACAUUCUACAAAAUUUCUCUUUUCAAGAAAGUCUUGACCAAGGGAGCAGCAAGCAGCAUGUUUACAAGUAGGAUGUGAUCACGCUGUCGCUACACUCUGUUCACCUGGUGUAUUCCAAUUCUGCGCCGGAUACUUAGUUGUUCUCGUUGUUUGCACUGUUAUUGCAUCAUUGAAUUUCCAAGCCUCUCAUGCUACACUUGUGGCUAAACAGAAUGCCAUUUGAUAUGACAAAAUUCUCAAUUGGAGUAGCAAUAGGAAAGUCAAGCAGUGGAAGUUAUGCACUUUGUAAAAUAUUACCUUAAAAAAAAAAGUUAUUUAACUUUUUUCCAGCAGCUGUCUGCCUUGGUGAAUUUAUUGAUCUUUGCAAGGAGAACCCUGAGUGACUGUUAGGCUUCUUUAUCUCUCACUCUAAUAAGCAGUUGUUAAAUCAUUAGGAUUGACUACUUAUACAGUAAUCUCAGGUUGGGUUCAUCUUGUUAAGGUACUAAGAUCAUCAUCCAUAGAUUGGCUGUUCAAAUGAGAUUUAAGGAUGUGUAGGAUUAAUGUCACAAUGCAAUCAGAGAUACCUUAAAAAAAUACCUGAGUGCUGUUAUGCUGCACAAAUUUGGUUAUUCUGUAAAAUUUUUGCAAUUGUCAUAUCUACUAGCAAUGUCUACUACAUCUACAUCACUACUAUGUCUACUAGCAAUCUGCUGUAUGGUAUAAUAGUAUAAAAAACCCAAUAAUCAUAAUUUAUGAUGUUAGAACUGCAAGGGGGGCACCAUACAGAACAAGUAAUUAUGCAAUAAAUAUAAUUAUCUCCUAGAUUUAAUUUUGCCUCCUUAAAUAUUACACCUUGGUGGCAAUUGUUGUAGAGGCCAGAGUCCUUUUGUAUUCUUCUAAGAGGUAGCAGAAACACAACAAAUGCUAGGACAUCUCCCUUUAUACUAGUUUCAGUGCAUGUCGAUCUUCUUGGUGAAUGAUUGAGCUACUGCUGUUUUGAAAAAGGCUGGUGUUUGUUGCACAAAAUAA